AGAGAACUUGUUCUGCAAGUCUAUUUAUAGAUUGAUCACUAUUCAUGUAAACAGAACACCGUGUCGGCACACCUGAAAACAUGGGGUACAAAAGUGGCUCCUCUCGGACUGCGGCGGAGGUGUUUUUUGGAAUCGCCAAUCUUCUUUUCCUGUUGAUGGGUUUGGCGGUUUUUGUGGUAGGGGUAUACCUGAAGGUGUCGCGCUCAGUCUACACUGAACUGCUGGACAGUCGAGAGUUUGAGACCGGCACCGCCCUGUGUGUGUCCGCGGGGAUCAUCGUGGUGGUGGUGUCCCUGAUUGGAUUCUGGGGACUAUGGAUGAGGAGUCAGUUUGUUCUCAGUUUGUAUUUCUUCUCUGUGUUGAUCAUCUUCUGCCUUGAAAUCGCUGCUGGGAUCAUAGCAUACGUGUACAGAAAUAAGAUAGAAGACAUUAUAGUGGAGGAUCUAAGACUAGGCCUAAAAGACACCAAGAGGAGAGUGGCUUGGGAUACAGUGCAAGAAAAGUACGAAUGUUGUGGGGUCCAUAACUACACAGAUUGGAUGGGUGUUUAUGAUGUGAAUGUCCCCACCUCUAUUCCGGAUUCCUGUUGCGGAUAUCCGGAUUGUGGAGAGUCUGGAUCAGCCGCUGCCUGGCGGAUUGGCUGUGUUGAGGAUGCCAAGGAGUGGUUAGAAGAGAAUUAUUUACUGCUGGGAUUAGUGUGUAUUGUCAUUGGAGCUCUACAUGUAUUGCUGCUGAUAAUAACUGCUGCUCUAAUUUUCUUUCUGAGAAGAAACGGAUGAAUGUGACAUCAUUUACGAAACAUCUCGAAUAAAUGUCAUUAUAUCAGACAAACCAAGGGAGCAAAUAUAGGAUGUGAGAUGUAUGCAUAAUAUAUUUUUUUUACUGAUUCUGCAUCUCUUAGGUAAUUGACAUUGAACCAGUAUCUGUUUGACCUCUUAUCUGAACAGGUAAAUGAAAGAACUAAGUGAUGAAUGUACAAUUCUGUUGUACAAUAGAAGUGUGUAUUUUUUAAUAGAUGUGCAACAAGAAUCUCAUGCGUAUUCUGUGACUUUCUUUUUUUGUUAAAUUUAUUUGUGCAUGUAUAUGUGAUGGAUUAUUUUUCCAAUACAAGUUUCUUCAAGUUUGUUUGAGUUUUAAUGUCUCAUGCCUAAUUUCUUGAAUGGGAAAUUAUAUCAUAUAAUGCAAAUGUAUCAGCAUACAAAUGUAGUUUGAAACACAUACAUAUAUCAGUUUAUUUUCAUAUAUGUAUAUUUUAACUCUGUCGAUAUCUUGAUACUCCCUGGAUAGUUCCUUGCCAUUAAUAAAAUAUGUGAGAGAAAAAUUAAAUGUUUAUUUUUAAAACAUUUGUUUUUUGAUUUUUAUUCCUGAAAUCAGAUGGCUCAGGAAUCAACACUUAAUUAGUCAGUUUCCUAGAAGCAGUACAAAUGUUCACCUAUAAUAUUGUAUUUAUUAUUAUUUGUUAUGCUCAAUAAAUAUUAAAGGUAAA